AUGACAAAGCUUUCCCGCCCUCUCCAUGUCGGUCGUCUAGACCUUUCCCAUCGCAUCGCCAUGGCACCAAUGACUCGCUUCCGCGCCGACGACAACCACACCCCUCUACCGAUGGUGGCAGAAUACUACACCCAGCGGGCCUCAGUACCGGGAACCCUCCUAAUCACGGAAGCAACCUUCGUCUCGCCGCAGGCCGGUGGCGCACCUAACGUGCCGGGAAUCUACACCUCCUCCCAAAUUGCCGCCUGGAAAGAAGUCACUUCCGCCGUCCACACCAAGGGCUCCUACAUCUACCUCCAACUCUGGGCCCUAGGUCGCGUCGCAAGCCCAGACCAGCUCAAAAAGGAAGGCGAUUUCCAACUCGUCUCUAGCAGCCCCAACCCCAUCACGCCCGACGCCAAAAUGCCCCACGAGCUCACCGAAUCUGAAAUCCAAGAGUGGAUCAAAGACUACGCCCAAGCCGCCCGCAACGCCAUCUCCGCGGGCUUUGACGGUGUCGAAAUCCAUGGCGCCAACGGCUACCUCAUCGACCAGUUCAAUCAGGACACCGUGAACACUCGUACAGACCGAUGGGGCGGCAGCGUCGAGAACCGCGCCCGCUUCGCAGUCGAAGUGACUCGCGCCGUGGUCGAUGCCGUGGAUGCAGACCGCACAGGUAUCCGAUUCAGUCCCUUCAGCACAUUCCAGGGAAUGCGUAUGGAUGACCCAGUGUCGCAAUUCAGCUAUCUUGCGCGCAAGAUGGCGGAAUUCAGGCUUGCAUAUGUGCACGUCGUCGAGUCGCGGGUUGCUGGAAAUGCGGAUGUGGAGGCAACGGAUCAAUUAGACUUCUUCCUUGAGGCGUAUGGUAGAGUAGGGCCUAUUAUCAUUGCCGGUGGGUACAAGCCCGAUUCGGCAAAGGAGGCGGUCGAUGGGAAGUAUAAGGAUUAUGACGCGAUUAUUGGCAUCGGAAGGCCAUUUAUUUCGAACCCCGAUCUGGUGUUUAGGAUUCUGAAGGGAGUGGAGCUGGUUCCUUACAAUAGGGAUACUUUCUAUCAGCCCAAGGAACCGAAGGGGUACAUUGAUUAUGAGUUUAGUACCGAGUUUAAGACCGCCCAGCUAGCAGUUUGA